GAAGCCUUACAAAUGAUAUUAAGUCAGAAUGUGCUUUUUUUGCAUGGUGUCUGUCAGCAAAGUGUUAUUUAUGAAGGUAUUGGUUUGUUGCUAAUCCUUUUUACCUUUUAACAUAGGAGUGGUGUUGGCAUCAUAUGAGUUACUCCAAAACCCAGUUGUCUUCAUAAUACAUGUAAUAUAUCUUUUCUGCUCUUUCAUCAACUCAAGUGAGUAGAAACAGACAGAAUGUGGACUUACUAAAGAGGAAAAUCAUCAGAAACCUUUUAUCUUGUUGGUUUGGUCUGUGGCAGCACGGUCUCCUCAUUAAAGAGCACAAUGCUUGUGGUAACUAAGUUCCUCACUCUCUUAACAUAAUGUUUGUAGCUGCCUUGCCACCUGAGGUACACAGAUGGUUAUUUUGUUGGCAUACCUCAUCUUGGAGGAAAAUCAACAAAAGCUAGUUAAGCAGUCUAGAAAGAGGUUAUUUAAAGUCAAAUAUUACAGCCACCACGUUCCCUGCUUGUUCUAGAGCCAGGGCUUGUAUUCCCUGUUUAGAUGUAAAAUGGGAGAGACCAAAGCCUCAGUAUGUCGCUGAUGUGGGGCAAGUACUGGUGAAAGGUGACACAGCAGCCAGUUCUGUGAUGCUGGCCCAUGACCAUCUUCCCCACUUCUGGCUCGUUCAAAAUUUGUCGACUCUUUGGGGUUUUUUCCAUUUAUUAUUUCCUACCUUUUUGGUGGGUUUUUUUGUUUUGGUUGGUUUUCUUCCGGUUACUUCAUUUAUCAGUUUUAGACCCUGGCUACAAGCUGAACUAGUCCAGAACCUUUUCCCCCUUGAUUUUGCUUGUCUGCAGUCCGAGAGACGGCGACUGCCGCUGGAGGCCGCGGGGCUGGGCUCGGCUCGCUGCGUGCGCUGCCGGCGAGGAGCGCAGCCAGGAAGGAAGUGCCCGCCUCGUGCCCUUCCUCCAGUGCCAAGUGGAACCCAAGAUGAAAUUCCACUCAGUCGUCCCAAAAAAAGAAAAUCCAAAGGAAAGACUCCAUUAGAUGGCAUUGUGCAAGCAGCAGUUCGUCGGCAGUCUGAGAGCAGCGAGCCCCUGACUCCUGAACCUCCUGAUGCCCCUCCUCAGAGGAAACGCAAGAAGAAGAAAGUACCUACCGAUUCUGAGACCUCUUUUACCCAGAAAAAUGUGGCAUCCCUAUUUCAGAAUGGAAAUGGCAUGGAUGUCCCUGAAGCUGAAGAAACAGUGACCCGCAAGCAGAGAAAAAGAACAAAGAAACCUCGGCCAGCCGAAGUGAGCUCCAAUGAGCUGGAAGUGGAGGAGGAAGACAUCAUUGAAGAUGAGCACAGGAAGAGCCCAGAUCAGCAGCCUGUGUUUGCUGCUCCCACUGGAAUUAGUCAGCCUGUUAGCAAAGUGUUUGUUGAAAAAAAUCGGCGUUUUCAGGCAGCUGAUCGUGCAGAAUUGAUUAAAACCACUGAAAAUAUCAAUGUACUUCUGGAUGUGAAGGCUUCAUGGACUACUAGAGAUGUUGCCCUCUCAGUGCACCGAAGUUUCAGGGUGUUGGGCCUCUUCACCCAUGGCUUCCUGGCUGGUUAUGCUGUAUGGAACAUCGUGGUUAUCUACAUUUUGGCAGGAAAUGAGCUUUCUAUGGUUUCUAACCUGCUUGAGCAGUAUAAGACAAUAGCAUACCCAGCUCAAAGUUUGUUCUAUUUUUUGCUGUCUAUCAGUACAAUCUCAGCCUUUGACAGGAUUGAUCUGGCUAAAGCAUCAGUUGCACUGAGGGGCUUUCUUACCCUAGACCCAGCAGCACUAGCUUCUUUCUUGUACUUUGCUGCUCUUAUCUUAUCCUUAAGCCAGCAGAUGACGUGUGACAGAAUCAACCUGUACACACCGCCUUCGGAAAACGGCAGUAUCUGGACCGCAGGUACAGAGGCAGAAAUUGUUCAUUCGUGGGUUGUGGUGAAUCUCGUAGUGUCUGUUCUAGUUGGGACAAGUUGGAUCUUCUUAAGUUCCCGACCAGAGCUAGACCACAGUGAAGAAUUGAUGUUUCAUUCUGAAAUUGAAGAAUUUCCUCACGGAGAUGUCAUACCCAGAGUCCAGCCAUAAGUGUGGAACAAGACUGUAUACAUUGUAGCUGUGACUGAUGGCUCAACAUGUUGUGUAUUAUAGCUAUGUAUUAUAAUUUUCAUAAAGAAAAAAAUGUAUUUUUAUAUUGUAUAUAUUUAAUGUUGAUCUUUUUAUGUGUGUUACAGUUUCCAAAUGUGAUUGACAACUUUUAUACGUUUGCUUUUUAUUUUACAAAGUAGAUUAUCCCUAGUGCAUAAAGUGAAGGUGAUUUUGUAAAUACUACUACCUACAUAACCAAAGACACUAGAGGGAUGCAGAAGAUCAGGUGUUCAGUGCUUUUUUGACUGCUGUGUAGUCUUCAACAACCUGCUUUUGUUACCAAUGCAAACAGCAGUUAGAUUAUCUGAUUUGGUUAAACAUUUUCUAGAUAUUAAAAAGAAAUCUUACAAGAAGUAGUCUAAGGAAAAUUUAUAACAAAACAGAGUUAGGAGACAUAAAUGCCACCAAGUUAGUAAUCUUAAAAUAAUUACAUUUAUUUGUCAUUAAAAUAUUUUUCUAGAAUAAAGGAUUAAAUUGACAGGGAUUUUGUUUAAUAAUUCAUAAAAGAGGUCACUUUUUUAUCUUGAUUUAGUUCUCUUGACAAGAAUCUUGAUGAUAACAAGUUCUUACAUGCUGAUGUAGAUACGAGACAAAGAAGUUUUAAUGUUCCAACAGUUUGGCCAGUUAAAUACAUCUUCUCAUCAAACAGGAUGUUUUUGUGUUGCCAACAGGAUGUAUCUGUGUCCUGUAAUUUCUCAGCAGUCAGGAAGCAUAACUAUUCCAAAGCCACUCAAGGAAAAUGUUCUGAUGUAUCCUUACCUGGUAUGGCAAGAACAAUCAUUUUAUUCACUACUCUUUCUAAACAAACAUGGAUUUCAUAGAUGUUACAAAUGUUCUACUCCUACCUGUUUUGAUGGCGAUUGCUUUCCGCCAAAUUGUUGAUUUGUGUUAGGAUAGAAUGGGAAACUUCUUCCUAAAAUGAUAAGAAAAUGCUUAUUAAAUCAACCCAAAAAGUCUGCAGCAACCCACCUUCUAUGCAGUGGGAUAGUAGCAAUUGUGGCAGGUGAUGGGUUUUGCUGGUGAGAAGCAACAUUCCUUUUCCUUUAUAUUGAAGAGGCAAAAUGAAAGCAUUGCAGAUGUGAAUAAAUACAGAUAGAUUGCAGGACAAAACGAUCUCCUUGGUAGACACAGACAAGGUCUAAUUUGAAAACCAUUUAUAAGAAAAUAUAACCUAAAGCCCAAAACUUGUUUAUGUGUGUACUUAACAUAUAUUGAUUAUGCCUUGUUUGAUUUAAUACGUGUGGGUGGUUGUAAAAGGAGUGUACUUGUCAAAGUCCACUGGAGAAUUACUGAACUUUUUUUAGUAGUGAAGUUAAGAGUAGUCAGAUAAGACUUGAAAGGAAAUGUCAAAGAGCUUUCGGUGCUUUCUGUGCUAAUUUUGUGCUGUUACCUGAGUUGCUUCAAAACAAACAUGGGAAUGUGAAUAACUAGGGCUGUUGCUGCCCUGUUGAGGACUUGUGUUCUCUUGUGUCCAUUCAGCAAAUUUCAGUUCAUGGCGUCUUUUAAAUACUCUGGUAAUCUUGAUGGGGAGGAAAAAGGCAUCUACAAGCAUUAAAAGAUGUUCCAUAGCUGUUGGCUGCAUUCUGAGGCAUUCAGCUUGCUGUGGGAAGGAGCCCUUAGCCUCUUUCGGAAAUUGCUGUGGCUCUUGUGUCUGUAUUUUUGUGAAACUAGAGCUAAAUGACAGCUGGCACUGCAUUGUACAUUAAAAUGGAGAGAUUUGGGGUGAUGGUCUCCUUUAGUUGUGCGUUUGAUGUUUUUGCAAUGAUUUGACUGUAGGAGAUGAGACAGGAAAUAGUCCCAUGUUUGCCAGUACACUUUCUCCUGAUGUUGUGUGUUUGCUGUCAGAGUCACUGACCUCCUGAAGAUGAGAUUAUUAAUGGCAUGGCUGCAUCACUUUCAUUUUGGUAUGGUCAGAAGUGUAAUUUUGCCCAUAAAAUACAGAGCUCAGCAGAAGUAUGCUAAGGCAUCACAUCAGUACAGGAAAAACUUGGAUAAUAUUUGAUUUCUGACAUUAACACUAGGAAUUGGUCUUCCAACUAUCCCUUAGACAAAGUGAUGCCAGCCAAGACCCACAUUCAUUCUUAUUGUGAAAUACAGCAGUUUUUAUAUGGGAUUGAAUUAGUGAACUUCAUGUGAUCAGUAUUUCAAGCCAGGCUUGCCUUUCCAGUGUGUAUUUUUAGGAGGGUCUGAGUGUAUCCAUAUUUAAAUUAAUGAGUUUUGAGGUUGCCAUAUAAAAAGCACAAUAAAUAAUUUGAUGGCUAAUUAUCUAUUUUACAAAAUACUUUUCAUUCCAUUCAGCCUCACAGUGGAAUAUGAGUUUAAGUGAGCUUUUUUUUUUUUAUUAGUUUCUUGGAUAGUCUUGGAAUGAGUUUAUAAAGUAGAUGUUUAAUUCUAGAACAUGCAAUACUUGUAGAAGCCUUAACUGAAAUGCCUUUGUGCAUUUCCAUAUUGUUUUUAAUGCAUUUGUGUUAAUGAAAAAAAUUUUUCAGAUAUGUUGGUGCCAAGUUUUUGUUUUUACAUGUAUGAAACAAUUAAACA